UCAAAUUGCAAUGAUGUGGGCUGUACUGUAAAAUAGAAACCUAAAUACUCAAUGAGCUUUUUACUUUCACAUUCAGCAGACGAUUCUCUGAGAAGGACACGGUCUUCUGAUUUUCUUCACUCUGCUUUUUUUGCUAACAAAGGCUUUACAAGAUGUCUGUAAAUAGCACUGAGAGUAUAGACUAUGAUAUAAUCAUUGAGAAACUUAAGACCAUCAAUGAAAACCAAGUAAGUCUGCCUAUCAACAUAACCAAACCAAAAGACAUCCGUCAUGAGGUCGGGAUGGCCUACUUUAUUAUAUACUGUAUCAUUCUCAUCCAUGGCAUCACCCUCAACUUCUCCAUCAUUGUCUUCGGCUGCUGCAAACACAAGAGUCUCCCGAAAGCUGCUAUUUGGAUCAUGGCAUUGGCAGCAACACAUUUAGCCUCCUGUGUAUCUGUCGUGUUUCAGCUCCUGUAUGUUUACAAUGACUUUAAUUGGAAUUAUGGGGAUGUUAGCUGCAAGCUGUCAUCCUAUUUCACCUACGGCAGCAUGUUCUCCACUGCAAGCAUGCUCAGUCUCUGGAGCAUCAGUUCUAUUUUUUCAAACAGCGCAUGCUUCAACAAGAGCAAGAACUGUAACGUCAUUCUGAUUUCAUUCGCCUGGACCAUUGCAGCAAUCCUGGCAUGCCCUUCGCUGUUUUCAAGAGAGGUUAGAGAAAAACAGUGCAUUGAUGACUAUGAUUUGGACGACAAUUCAGAAACUGCAGAUGGCAUCAAAAGGCUACAGACUGUAGUUGUCAUGCGAUUUCUCACUGGACUUUUGUUGCCAGCUUUGAUAAUAUUUGUCAGCUGUUGUGUGGCAUCAAAAACAAGAAAAUGUAAAUUGUGCAAGAAGCAGGCAGAGAUCAUCUUUGCUAUAAAGAUCAUCUACUUUGUGUGCUGGGCUCCUCAAAUUUUCUUAACUAUGCUUCAGGCCACUGUAAGCAACAGCCUGGGCUUAGAUAUGCUGAAUUAUGGGCUGCCAGCAGUUACUAUGCUUGCCAUGUGCCAUUGUUUUAUCAGCCCACUCUUUUAUGUAUUUCUGGGACGCAGCCUUAAAAUGGAGUGGAUGAUACACGACCCGUAUGAGGAUCAUAGGCGUAGUGAUGGGGAAAGCCUUCCCUUGAAUAAUUAGAAGUCAAAUGAGGUUUGAUGUUGCAAGUUUUAAAACAAGAAAUGAUAAAAGUAUAGGAUAUAUAGUAUGCAAACUGAUACUGAAUACCUUAUACAUUUUUUUUCAGCUAGAAAGUGAACUGUUUCUUUAAAGACUAAAGCAUCCUUUGCUUCGACCUCUUCACAUUUAUUGUUUUCACUUAGCAGCCACACACACUGCCAAAAUAAGCAUUGCUAAUGUAAAAAAUGUUCAGCCAUUUAUUUUUUGUUGUAUUCUAUGUAUUGUUUCUCUUUGGAUGUACUAUUGUUGCAUUGAAAGGGUGACAUAAUACUUAUAUAUAUAUAUAUAUAUAUAUAUAUAUAUAUAUAUAUAUAUAUAUGGCACAGUGGCUAAGAGGUCAGAAUGUUUGCCAAGAAAGUCACUGGUGAGUCCCGGCUGGAAGAGGAAGGCUUUCUUUGUGGACUUUGCAUGUCCUCUCUGUGUAAAGCAGAGAAUAAGUUGAAGGAAAGUGGGUGAGUAAGUGAGUUAGAGGUAUCUAUGUAUAUAUAGAAAAUUAGAUGUUAGAUGUAAAUAAGAGAAUGAAGGACAUUUUUUUUUUUACUGUAUGCGUUUUGUAUGUUUAUGUAAAAGCUUAUAAGAGUAACUUCCAUUUAACCGAAAUAUUAAGUCAAGAGUUUUAAAAAAUUGUACAAUUAUGUGUACAUUAUUCUCUUCCGUUGAAUAUUAAAAAGGCUUGAAAGAGCGUACACUAAUGAAA